GACUUCAUCGGUAUGUAUACUUGGUUUAUAAGCAAAAGAGCAAGUUGACCUGUGAUGAACCAAGACUAACAAACACCUCAGGUGCAAAUCGUGGCUGUUUCAGUAUUCGCAAGUUUGCUGCAAAAUAUGGCUUAGAGCUGGUGGCUGGUAAUUUUUACCAGGCAGAAUAUGACUCUUAUUGUGAGGAAUUGUACAAGCAACUAAAGGGUUGAUGAAUUAGUGAUAAUGAAGUUCAGUACUGUGAUAAUUGUUUAAAAUGAAGCAGUUUAAACUUUAUGGUACUUGUUGGCUAAAUUUGUUUAAAAUACGUUAUACAGUACAGUGGUCCCCUGAGUUAAGAUACUAAUCUGUUCUAGAAGACAGUGUACCUCAAAACUGCCAUAACUCAAACAUCAAAAUACAUAGUUUUAUGGUUAUUUGUUCCCAGAAGUGUAACUUACUGUACCAUGCACACUGUCCGAUACUUAAACUUAAAGGCACCAUCUCCUUGCAUCUGUUUCUCUUAUCCACAAUUGCAAUAGUCUUUCCAUUUCUAUGAUAAUUUCUCUGCCAUUUUUCACUAGCUUUGAUUUGUCAGCCACUUUAAUAUUUUUUAUUUCUUUUUGCUUGAUAAUAGUAGAUGGUCUUUGUGGAAAGCCAUGCUAGCACACCAAGGCACAAUUUCUUGGUUGAUCUUCAGAGAAAUUGUUCGUUUACUGCACACACUAGGGGACAUGAUGACUUGGUAAUGCAAAAGUUGGUGUAAUUAAUGCAUUUGUAAAGGGUAAAAAAUACAGAAUUGGUGUAAGGGGGGGGGAACAUGUGGUAGCUUUAAACUGAAGAGUAGACAUUAUAGUACAGUACAGACUAUUGGCCGAGUUGCUACCUUACAUGCAUUCAACCCAUUGCUGAUUGACUGCUAAGCUACCCUCACAGACCCAGACUAUUGGCUCAGAUGUACAAGAUGCAAGCUAUUGCAUUGCUGAUAAAGUAAAGACCACCCACACAAGUACUGACACUUGUUGGCUUGAAUGCUGCCCAGGAGGCAAGCUUCCACAUCGCUCAUUGGCUGAGGCCUGCCUAUGCUGACCAUAAUGUAGUAGUAGUAAUAAUUUUACAAGUACAUGAUACAUCUAUUACAGACCUAGUUGACAUCACUGGCAUACUACUGUAUAUAGAAAACAUCUGGUUAUGCAGAGCAUUUCAAUCAACUUAGGUUUAUCUCGUUCCCCAGAAUGCCACCCACAACAGUCCUACCUAUUUAGGCUUAUCGUAUCUAAUUUUUUCAUUGCAACUCGAAACUAAAUUCCUUCGAGGGUAAAUCGUAACUCAAGAGACCUCUGUAUUGCAUAACUGACAUUGAAUUUGUUAAUUCAUUAGUCCUACCAACAGUUUUAACUACUAUUGCUGUAUAUCUGACAUAUUGUAAUAGGAACAGAAUUCUUCCUCCGUAAGCCAUUCAUGUUGUAAGAGGAGACUAAAAUGCCGGGAGCAAGGGGCUAGUAACCCCUUCUGUAUACAUUACUAAAGUUAAAAACAGAAACUUUUGUUUUUCAUUUUGGGCCACCCUGCUUCAGUGGGAUACGGCCGGUUUGUUGAAAGAAGAAUUCUGUAAAACAACAAAGCAUAUAAAGAAGAUUGCAAUCUGCAUUUCUGCCUACAUUAACUAGUUCCCUCUUUAAAGUUAUUAAUUUCUUUCAUGUACCCUACUUUUUAAAAUGUCCAUGUGAGCUGAAAAAAUAAAGAUUGGCAGUGUAAAAAAAAAAA